AUGAAUUUGAUUACAAAUGUGAUAAUCACCGUAUUACUCAGUCAACGAUUUGUACAAUGCGAUGAAUGCGAUGUGAAAUUACUUAAAACGGCAUUCCCGGAUCCGGAUUAUUUGAUAUAUGGAUUAAGGGAGGACAGAAGCAUUCUCCUUUUACCGAGUGAUAUUGUAAAUAAUGAUUCGGUGAGCAAAAAACUACCAAGUUUAUUAGAUGAUGGCCUUUCAAAGGGACCGGACAUUAAUCAUUACGACGCGAUGUUGAUUGAAGUGCACGGCUUAUUACAAUUUAUAACUGUAUGGCAAGAAAUACAUAGCACUGGAAAACUGUACACGUUUACACGUCUCUCGUAUUUCGAAGCGUUUCGAUUGGUGUUCGUACCAACACCCAGCAAAAUUGUAUAUGAAGCAACGUUUACAACAUUGAUGUAUUUCUCUGAUUUGGCCCAAAAUUAUUUCAUUUUUAAAACUACCGCUGAUAACAAGGUCUUUUUUUAUCAGAUAGGUGAAGGCCGUACUGGAUCAUAUCAAAUUAUUUUUGGGAGGGCAGGAACGAAAUUGUUCAUCCAGAAAAUAAACAAAAUUACUGAUCCAUGGGUUAAUCCAACUGCUAACCUUAUGGCUAUAAAUAAAAAAACAACCAAAUGGCUGGCACGACGUCAAAAAUCAGCGGUACCAUUAAUAGAUUGUAUUGCUGAAACAAAGAGUAAAUAUGGAGUUGGUAUUUUGUACGGUCGUAAAAAUCUGGUCAAUGAUUAUUAUGAAAUGGGAGAUUCGGCUUUUGAUUGUACAUCUUAA